AUGUCACAAAAAUAUAUUAUUUUAUAUAUCUCUUUAGUUUUAUUCGCUUGGUUGUCCAAAGCUGAAACAACAUCAGACUGCCUUGCUUGUUUUCACGGACAAUGUCUUAAUCAAAUUUGCGUAUGCAACCAAGGCUAUACAGGUGUAGAUUGUAGUUUGGCUAUCAACAUCACUAUUUCAACUGUCAUACCCUCUUAUGAUUGCACCAACCAGUGCAAAAAUGGAUAUUGCGAUACUGGAUAUUGUCAGUGCUCUAAAGGAUUCAAUGGUGACAGAUGCGAGAAUUCAGUUGGAAAUAUUUAUACCAAUACGACUCUAUCACAGGAUGCUUCUAUUGGUUUUAACUUCACCAAUGUGUUAAUUACCAGCAAGCCAUAUUCAAUUAGAGAGUCUGAUUCUAACAACAAUACUGUGACCUACACUCUUCUCGAAGGUUCUUUGUUCCAACGUAACAACAAUCAAUACUUGUAUCGCAUUGGAGGUGCAUCACUUCAAAUAAAUUAUGUUGACUCUAAAAAUGGAACAUAUACAUUGGGAAAUCAAAAUAUCCCAGUAGAGUAUGGGAAUGUCAUUGCAGAGAUAACAGUUUCCAAUUGGACCUUCCAGAGUAGUUUGAACUACUUGCAAGUCGAAUUCUACACCGAGUGGGAUAAGAUAGCUUCUGCGCCAUGUGGACUCAUUGAUACAACGGUGGUCUCCGACAUUCCUACCGAAUUGCCACCCUAUCUGUAUCUAUCUAAUAUCUUUGGUAGUUUGUUUACUCAAUACAUAAACUUUAUUAUCUUAGAUGUUAGAGUAGCAUAUGCGGACAUUGAAAGCUACCAAGCAAAUAGUUCAAGUAUUUAUCAACGAAUUAAUCUUCCGUACUUUGAUGACUCAGUGAGUCAUGUUGUACUUUACAAGGCUUAUAACUCUCUAAGCAAUAAUUCUUGCGAAUCAAACACCACUUCGACAACUGGUUUUCCAACAUCUACUUCUACCACUUCAGAUACCUCAACUACUGGUACCAGUGACUCUUCAAACUUGAAAUCAAAAUCAAUUGUAAUGAUUUCAAUUUUUGUACUUUUGACUUUGAUUGCAACCCAGUUAUAA